CCCGCCUUUGCCCAUAAUUAAACCGCCAACGGCAUCGUCAAUCGCUUGCCUUCUUUUUCUUUGUAUUUUUCCUUUUUUACGUUUUUUAUAAUAUUUAUUGUCUUUCAGAGGCGCAGGCAACGAGCGCCAAAUGCCGUUUUCUAGAUGACUCGCCUGAUCCCGACCGCGAUCCUCCGCAAUGUCCUGCGAUACCUGAUCCCGCUGUCGAUCGCUCUGACUCUCUACCUCUACCUCUAUCCCGUCUUCAACACCUGCGCAUUCCCGCUGCCACCCGACCCGAGCAGCGCCUCUGUCUCGGCCGACACCGGGCGCGCAGCCUUUGUCGAGACGGCCAAGGUGCACUGGCACACCGCCGCGGGCACCGCCGACCACCCAACUAUAUUUAUCCCUUCCCGCCCGCCGGCGCCGUUCCGUCUCCUUGCCCUCGGCGACCCGCAGCUCGAAGGCGACACGUCUAUCCCGACCGACUACCUGGGCGUCUUCCCGCACGCAAAGAGUCUGUUCCGACAUGCGACCUUCCGAUCGAGGCACUCUUCGCUGCGACAGCGCAUCCGGCAGAGCUUCCAUGACCUGGUCGACAUAGUCUUUGAGGACACCUUCAAUGCGCUCGAGUCACUGCGCAAGAGGAUCGAUUUGGUCGGCAACGACCUCUACCUCGCACACAUCUACCGCACGGUGCGUUGGUGGUCGCGCCCGACGCACGUCACCGUGCUGGGCGACCUCCUGGGAAGCCAGUGGAUCAAUAACGAGGAGUUCUACCGCCGCGCUGGCCGGUAUUGGAACCGCGUGUUCCGCGGCGCCGAGCGCGUGCCGGACGACGUCGCCGCCUACCCGGCCGAGGAAUACGACCUGGCGGGCAGGCUCGGAGGCGGGCCCUUCAACGAGUCGACCGCUUGGGUACGGCGCGUCAUCAACGUCGCGGGGAACCACGACAUUGGCUAUGCGGGCGACCUCAACGACGAGAGGGCCGAGAGGUUCGAGCGCGCAUUCGGCAAGCUCAACUACGAGCUCCGCUUCGAGCUGCCCCUCACGAACGCGUCCCUGGCCGGGACCAACUUUGACGCCGACCCGAGCUCGACCCGCCUGGUCCCCGAGCUGCGCAUCAUCGUGCUCAACGACAUGAACCUCGACACCCCCGUCAUCUCGACCAAGCUGCAGGACGAAACGUACGCCUUCGUCAACAAGGUCAUCAGCACAUCCGCCGCCGUCGAGUUCAAGGGCCACUUCACCGUCAUCCUCACCCACAUCCCCCUGUACAAGCCCGUGGGCGUCUGCGUCGACGACCCCUUCUUUGAUUUUCACCAGCACGACGGCAGCCUCCGGGAGCAGAACCAGCUGAGCGUCCCCGCCAGCAAGGGCUUCCUCGAGGGCAUCCUGGGUAUGUCGGGCGACGUCAAGGCGGCGGGUCGCGGCCGCGGCCGGCCGGGCAUCAUCCUCAACGGGCACGACCACGAGGGCUGCGAUACGUGGCACUACAUCAACCAGUCGGUCGCCGACCCGGAGCAGCGGUCGUGGGAGGUCAAGCGCUGGCGGCAGGCCAAGACGGCCGGCAUCGUCGGCCGCGACGAGCUCCCCGGCGUCCGGGAGGUGACGGUCCGGAGCAUGAUGGGCGGCUUUGGCGGCAACGCCGGCCUGCUGAGCAUCUGGUUCGACGAGGCCAGCUGGGAGUGGAGGACCGAGUACGCGACCUGCCCGCUCGGGACGCAGCACCUGUGGUGGCUGGUGCACAUCUUGGACCUGAUCGUCCUCGCGGCGAUCCUGCUGCUCGCCGUCGCCGCGUUCCUGUCGGCCUCCGGGCUAAACGUGGACAGGGCCGUGCAAGAGUCGGCCGCUAAACUUUCCACGCCACAGAAGAAGCUCGCCCGGCCCAAUACUCCUGCCAAACGCUCUGCGCUGGCCAAGGGUGGCGGCUCGGGAUAAUUGGGCGGUGCCUAGCACCGCGCUGUAAGUAGUAUGUACUUUCCAUGUAUAGAACUCACCAUGUCUUCUUUCUGCUACCGUAGGUUCUACGUGCAUCACGGUGAUGCAAUCCGGGUUAAUGCAGUCGUACAUACAUGCAAGAUCCUCCCUACC